AGAGUGUCUGCGGCCCAAUGGAAGGACAGGUCGAGAAUGCUGGGAAUGUUGAGUGAAGCCUGGAAGCCAGUGUGGCUGUGAUGGGUGAAGAACUGACAUUAUAAAGGCUCUACUUUCAAGGUGCAUUGGACAGGGUGAAGAAUGCUGUAACCAAGAGUAGGAGGGUGCAACAUAAAUCUGUAACAUAACACAGGUUCCUACCCUGAGCCUCAUCUCAUCAGCAUCAGGAAAACAUCUCUCCCCGUGAAUAACUGAAGGGCACAGAAAACCCACCCACCAUGUAUGGAAGUGCGAGAACAGUCGGGCAUAUGGAGGGCAGUCCUGCAAGGUCCCCUCGCUUGCCCCGGUCUCCCCGACUCGGGCACAGGAGAGCCAACAGUGGCAGCGGGGGAGGUGGUGGUAAGACGCUGUCCAUGGAAAACAUCCAGUCUCUGAAUGCCGCCUAUGCCACCUCCGGACCCAUGUACCUGAGCGACCACGAAGGGGUGGCCUCCACCACCUACCCGAAGGGCACCAUGACGCUGGGCCGGGCCACCAGCCGGGCCAUGUACGGAGGCCGGGUCACGGCCAUGGGCAGCAGCCCCAACAUCGCCUCCGUGGGCCUGCCCCACCCCGAGAUCCUCUCGUACGGAGACAUGUCCAUGCACCACCACCCCCAGCACCAGGUGCCCGCGGCCCUGCGGCAGGUGCGGGACAACGCCAUGCUGGACCUGCAGUCCCAGCUCAAGGACAUGCAGAGGGAGAACGAGCUGCUCCGCAGGGAGCUGGACGUCAAGGACGGCAAGCUGGGCUCCUCCAUGAACAGCAUCAAGACCUUCUGGAGCCCUGAGCUGAAGAAGGAGAGGGUGAUGCGGAAGGAAGAGGCCUCUCGCACGUCAGUCCUGAAGGAGCAGAUGAGGGUCACCCACGACGAGAACCAGCACCUUCAGAUGACCAUCCAGGCCCUGCAGGAUGAACUGCGCACGCAGAGGGACCUGAACCACCUCCUCCAGCAGGAGAGCGGUAACCGCGGCGUGGAGCACUUCACCAUCGAGCUGACCGAGGAGAACUUCCGCCGGCUGCAGGCCGAGCACGACCGGCAGGCCAAGGAGCUCUUCCUCCUGAGGAAGACCCUGGAGGAGAUGGAGCUGCGCAUCGAGACGCAGAAGCAGACGCUGAACGCGCGCGACGAGUCCAUCAAGAAGCUGCUGGAGAUGCUGCAGAGCAAGGGCCUGCCGCCCAAGUCCAUGGAGGAGGAGGGGGAGCGCAACCGCCGGAUGGUCGAGGCCGAGUCGCAGGUGGGCCACCUGGAGGUCAUCCUGGACCAGAAGGAGAAGGAGAACCUCCACCUGAGAGAGGAGCUGCACCGGAGGAACCAACUGCAGCAGGACCCGGCGAAGACCAAGGCGCUCCAGAGUGUCAUAGAAAUGAAGGAUACCAAAAUUGCAUCUCUUGAGAGAAACAUAAGGGAUCUUGAGGAUGAGAUUCAGAUGCUGAAGACGAACGGAUUGCUAAAUACUGAAGACCGGGAGGAGGAGAUCAAACAGAUGGAGGUCUACAAGAACCAUUCCAAGUUUAUGAAAAAUAAGAUUGACCAGUUGAAGCAAGAACUGUCAAAAAAGGAAUCAGAACUCCUUGCCUUACAAACAAAGCUUGAGACGCUGAACAAUCAGAACUCGGACUGCAAGCAACACAUUGAGGUGCUGAAAGAGUCUCUCACUGCCAAAGAACAGCGAGCGGCCAUCCUUCAGACAGAGGUUGACGCUCUGAGAUUGCGGUUAGAAGAAAAAGAAUCAUUCCUCAACAAGAAGACCAAACAACUCCAGGACCUUACGGAGGAGAAGGGGACGCUGGCUGGGGAGAUCAGGGACAUGAAAGACAUGCUGGAAGUCAAGGAGAGGAAGAUUAACGUCCUUCAGAAAAAGAUCGAAAACCUCCAGGAGCAGCUCCGAGACAAAGACAAACAGCUGACCAACCUGAAAGACCGAGUCAAGUCACUACAGACGGACUCGAGCAACACAGACACUGCCCUCGCUACACUGGAAGAAGCUCUGUCUGAAAAGGAAAGAAUUAUCGAACGGCUGAAGGAACAGCGGGAGCGUGAAGACCGGGAGAGGCUAGAGGAGGCUGAAUCCUAUAAGAAGGAAAACAAGGACCUGAAGGAGAAGGUUAACUCUCUGCAGGCUGAGCUGACUGAGAAGGAGUCUAGUUUAAUUGACUUGAAAGAACAUGCGUCAUCUUUAGCUUCGUCUGGCCUGAAAAAGGACUCCAAACUCAAAUCCCUGGAGAUUGCCAUAGAGCAAAAGAAGGAGGAGUGUAGUAAGUUGGAAACACAAUUGCAAAAGCAAGCAGAGCACUUGUUCAAUCAGACGACUAAAAGUCCAACUCCAAACAGGAGUGACGGGAAACAAGCGGCGCACGAAGCAGAGGAAGUGGCGAGGACGAACCCAGAGUUUGUCGACAAGGUGAAGCACCUGGAGAAAGAGGUAGCUUACUACAAAGAUGAGUCUGGAAAGUCCCGCGCUGAGGUGGACCGGCUCCUGGAGAUUCUCAGGGAAGUGGAGACGGAGAAGAACGACAAGGACAAGAAGAUAGCUGAGCUGGAAAGACAAGCAAAGGACCCAAACAAGAAGGCGACUAACAUCAAGCACAACCAGCCAGUGGAGAAGAAACCAGGCCUGACAGACAGCGGUCAGCACCUACAACUGGAAGAGCUGAUGAACGCCCUGGAGAAGACCAGGCAGGAGCUGGACGCCACGAAGCAGCGCCUCUCCUCCACCCAGCAGUCCCUGUCCGAGCGGGACGGCCACCUCACCAACCUGAGGCAGGAGCGCCGCAAACAGCUAGAGGAGAUCCUGGAGAUGAAGCAGCAAGCCCUACUGGCUGCAAUCAGUGAGAAGGAUGCCAACAUCGCCUUACUGGAGCUAUCUGCGUCCAAGAAGAAGAAGACCCAGGAGGAGGUGAUGGCGCUGAAGAGGGAGAAAGACCGGCUGAUGCACCAGCUGAAGCAGCAGACUCAGAGCCGGAUGAAGCUGAUUGCGGACAACUACGACGAUGACCACCAUCCUCCUCAUCACCUUCAUCAUCCCCACCACCCUCACCCCCAACACCCUCAACAUGUCCAACACCCCCACCCCCAACACAGCCCCCGCACCCACACCACCGUGGCCCCGCCCGUGGCCCCCCCCAUACCAACCACCGUCCUUCUCCUGAUCAGCCGCACUUGUAAAGGGUACAUUCAGCAGCGGAUUAGCCCCAGCGAGGGAGUCGCUUCGUCUUACACGCGCGUUGCCAAGUGGGGCUCUCUCUUCCUCCGCCUGCUUGGCUGUCCCGCACUAUGUGAGGGCUGUAAUGGAGAAUCGCUCAGAGCGUGGUUUCGCCCCAAGUCCCUUGUCCCACAAACCCUGAGAGCGAAAUUCAAUGUGGUUCUUUAUGCACGCGUGGAAUCGAGGUGCAGCCAGGAGGUCCGGGCCCAGCACGGCACUUCACAAGUGCAGAACCAGGGCCGCUGUCCCCAGAGCUCUGAAAAAGGGCUGACAGGGGUUUCUUUUAGCACGUCGUCUUCCCCGAAACAGGAGACGCCGUGCCAAGCAUAA